UUCCAGGGGCGAGCAGGGACCCGGCGAGGAGCUGCACGGAGGCGGCGUGGUGGCGGGGCGUCAGGCAGUGCAGGGACCGUUCCGCGCUCGUGGAUUCGUUUAUGUCCCGGUGCCCGCCUUGGAGGGGCGGAGGGGCUGCGGCCGGGCGAUCUUCUCUGGCUGUAGUUGCGGCCAGCAGCACGUGAUCCUCGGACUCGGGAGCCUCGCAGCCCUGUCUGCACUAUGGGCCCGGCGGCCAGAGCGACCACUGUCCCCAGUGCCCGCGGGCGGAUUCAUUCGUGCGAACGGCUGCUUUCAGUGGUCGAUCAGCGCAGGGUGGGAAGGGCCGCAGGCUGGCACCAGCGCCUUCGCCGGCCGCUCCCAGCCCGUGGAGGGUGCUGCCGCCCAGUUUGCCCUCGGUCUGUGACCCUGGUGUUGAGGACGAGGCCGCCGCGAGGCGAGCCGCGCGCCGCUCAUCUUCCUGGAUCUCACGGCGGGAGGAAAUGCCGUUCACCGAGCCGCGGGUCAGAGGCGCCCUUUUCUCUUGGCUCCUCCGAGGUGAGAGCUGUUGGAGGAGGGAGCUUGACACCUGGCCCACCUGCUACCAUGGAGGCCAGAGGCUUGCUGGCCUUCGAUGAUGACCGGAGGUGCCUGUCUGGGAGCCUGCCUGUGCCAGCGCCUGCUGAGGGCCCAGCUGCAGAGGCCACCUCUGAGUCCAGCAAGCCGUUCUCCUCAGCCCACAGACAUCUGAGCAGGAAGAACGGGCUUUCUAAGCUCUGCCAGAGCAGAAUGGCACUUUCUGAAGACAGAUGGAGCUCCUACUGCCUCUCAUCGCUGGCUGCCCAGAACAUUUGUACCAGCAAGCUGCGCUGCCCCGUGGCACCCGAGCACGUGGAUGCAGCUGGGUCUCUGGGCAGUGCGUCCUGCUGCUCCCUGUUGCGUGGCUUGUCUCCGGGGGGCUCUGCACCCCUGUUCCCAGCCCCUGUAUGCAACCCCAACAAGGCCGUCUUCACCGUGGAUGCCAAGACCACAGAGAUCCUGGUUGCCAAUGACAAAGCUUGCAGGCUCCUGGGCUACAGCAGCCAGGAUCUGAUUGGCCAGAAGCUGGCGCGGUUCUUCCUGAAGUCGGAUUCUGCUGUGGUGGAAGCCCUCAGCCAGGAGCACGUGGAGGCAGAUGGCCACGCCGCCGUGGUGUUCAGCACAGUGGUGGACAUUGUCAGCCGCAGUGGGGAGAAGAUUCCGGUCUCCGUGUGGAUGAAGAGGGUGCGGCAGGAGCGUGGCCUGUGCUGCGUGGUGGUCCUGGAGCCUGUGGAGAGGGUCUCAGCCUGGGUCGCCUUCCAGAGCGAUGGGACCAUCACGGCCUGCGACAGUCUCUUCGCUCACCUCCAUGGUUUUGCCUCUGGGGAGGAUGUGGUUGGACAGCGUCUCACAGACCUCAUUCCGUCUGCGCAGCUCCCUUCUCCUGGGCAGCCUGUGCCAAAGAGUCUGAAGAUCCAGAGGUCUGUCGGCAGAGCCAGGGAUGGCACCACCUUCCCUCUGAGCUUGAAGCUGAAGGCCAAGCCCAGCAGCCAGGAUGUGGCCAGGGUCCAGGAGGCCCCUGAGUCAGACUACUGGGCCUCAGUCUGGGUGUUCUGCACCAUCAGCGGGCUUGUCACGCUCCUGCCAGACGGUACCAUCUAUGGCAUCAACCACAGCUUUGCCCUGGCGCUGUUUGGCUACGGAAGGACAGAGCUUCUGGGCAAGAAUAUCACUUUCUUGAUUCCUGGUUUCUACCACUACAUGGCCCUUGCAUGUGACAGCUCUUCACAGCUGCCGGACCUGGCUGGCUGCUUGGACGUCCACAGCGAGAGUGGUCCUGGGCAGAUGAGCUGGCACGCAGCCACUGGAGCCCAGGAUCCAAAGGUGAACGGGAUACUUGCCGGUGACCACCUGCUGCCACAAGAUGAGACCCUGAAGCUGGCGAGAAGCCAAGAUGCAGCUCAGAUGCAGCAGGAAGUGCGAGCCCAGCUCCCUUCCUCCCCAUCAGAGCCCUUGCUGGGGGUAGACAGUAUCCCUGAGGGAAGCCCGCCAGCCCACGGGGAGCAGACAUCAUCCACAGACCAGCAAAGUGUCCCCAAGGGAAGCCCUCCAGCCCACAGAGAACAGUUGUCACCCAGGGACCAGCAAAGUGCCCCCAAGGGAAGCCCUCCAGCCCAUGGGGAACAGUCAUCAUCCACAGACCAAAAAAGUGUCCCUGAGGGAAGCCCUCCAGCCGACAGGGAACAGUUGUCACGCACAGACCAGCAAAGUGUCCCUGAGGGAAGCCCUCCAGCUGACAGGGAACAGUUGUCACCCACAGACCAGCAAAGUGUCCCUGAGGGAAGCCCUCCAGAUGACAGGGAACAGUUGUCACCCACGGACCAGCAAAGUGUCCCUGAGGGAAGCCCUCCAGAUGACAGGGAACAGUUGUCACCCAUGGACCAGCAAAGUGUCCCCGAGGGAAGCCCUCCAUCCCAUGGGGAACAGUCGUCAUCUGUGGACCAGCAAAAUGUCCCCGAGGGAAGCCUGCCAGCCCUUGGGGAACAGUCGUCGUCUGUGGACCAGCAAAGUGUCCCCGAGGGAAGCCUGCCAGCCCUUGGGGAACAGUCGUCGUCUGUGGACCAGCAAAGUGUCCCCGAGGGGAGCCUGCCAGCCCAUAAUAAACAGUCACUGUCUGAGAACCAGCAGAGUAUCUCAGAAGAAGGCCCAGUGACCCGUGGUGAAUCUUCAUUGCUCCAGGACCAGCAAGAUGACCCAGAAGGAGGCCCACCAGCCCAAGGUGACCAGUUACUGUUCUCAGACCAGGGAAGUGCUGCUGUGGGGAAAGAAGAGCCUGCAGCAACAGAGGACCCCAGGCAGGGUCCCUGUGGAGAAAGCAGGUCUGAGCCCGUGGGUACAAAAUCCGUGGGUACGGCUUCAUGUGAGGAUUCUGAGCCUUCAGACCCAGCUGAGGAUAGGGACAGUGCCCUGUGUCUGGAGGCUCAGCAGGAGCUGGUGGGUGUCCACAGCCCUAACACUGGCAGCCUCUGGGCUGACCCCCCCAGGCUGCAGCCACACAUGACGGGGCAGCUGGCAGGGGGAGGCCUCCCGACACACUGCCCUCUUUACAGGAGCGAGUGGGCCCUAGGGCAGCGAGGCCAGGGCCCGACCCCCAGCCCCUCCAGGAGGGCGGGUGUCUCCUUGGGGACGCCCACUCUGGAUGAGCCCAGGCUGGGGGCACAGAACGACCGAGAAGAGCUGCAGACUUGCUUGAUGAAGGAGAGGCUGCCGAAGCCUCUGGGCCACUCCUGCACUGAGCUGGUCCCAGCAGAGCACCCCUCCUCCACCCCAGUGUCCUUCUGCCACCUGGGAGGCAGAGACCUUCACAGCAGCCACCUGGGCAGCUCCUCGGCCUGCUACGCCUUGGCCACUGACCUCCCUGGAGUCCUGGAGCGGGUGGAGGUCCAGGAGGCCGAUGUGAGUUCUUACUCCUGGAACCUCAAGGAACUCUUCCUUAGUGAUCAGACCGGUGGCUCUCCAUCUCCUUGCUCCUGUGCCACACCUGAGCCCAAUGAGACGCCCUCUCCUUUAGUGGUGGGCUCUGAUGAGGACGUGGGCCAUCUCCACAGGCAGAGGCCAGGUAUCCUGGGUGACAGGGAACUGUUGCUACUGGCCGGCACCUACUUUGACCCUGGCGAAGGCCAGCAGUUCCAGGAAAGCUGUCAAGGGCACCAUCGGACAGAACCCUCUAGGAUUUGUCUAGUGUCCUCUGAAUAUCACGAAGCUCACGGCGUGGACAGCCCAGGCUACGUUCGUUCCACACAGGAUGUGAGCCCAGAGGAUAUGCACCCGACUGCAGAGGACCCAAGGCUGAGUCCACAGGUCACCUCCACACCUGUGGCACCCAGGGCUGCCAGCAUGCAGCAGCAGAUCCAGGAGGGCACCUACUCUGGGAGUUGCUACCACCGAGACGGACUGCGGCUGAGCAUACAGUUCGAGGUGAAGCGGGUGGAGCUCCAGGGCUCUGCGACCCUCUUCUGCUGCUGGCUGGUGAAGGACCUCCUGCAGAGCCACAGGGACGCAGCCACCAGGACCCGCCUGCUCAUGGCCAGCCUGCCCAGCUCCACCCACUCCAUGACCGAGCUCCCCGGACCCAGCCUCGGGGAGGUGCUCAGAGCCAAGCCCUGGUUCGAGGAGACGCCCACACCUGUGGAGCUGGCGGAGCUGGCGGCCUGCGAGGGGGCCUAUUCCCACAAGUACAGCACCCUCAGCCCCCUCGGCAGCGGGGCCUUUGGGUUCGUCUGGACCGCGGUGGAUAAGGAGCGGAACCAGGAGGUGGUGGUGAAGUUUAUUAAGAAGGAGAAGGUUUUGGAAGACUGUUGGGUGGAGGAUCCCAAACUUGGAAAAGUCACUCUGGAGAUUGCAAUUCUCUCCAGGGUGGAGCACGCCAAUAUCAUCAAGGUGCUGGAUGUAUUUGAAAACCAGGGCUUCUUCCAGCUGGUGAUGGAGAAGCACGGCUCUGGGCUGGACCUCUUUGCUUUCAUCGACCGUCACCCUGCCCUGGAUGAGCCCCUGGCAAGCUACAUCUUCCGACAGUUGGUGUCAGCGGUGGGUUACCUGCGCUCAAAGGGCAUUGUGCACCGGGACAUCAAGGACGAGAACAUUGUGAUUGCGGAGGACUUCACCAUCAAGCUGAUAGACUUUGGGUCCGCCGCCUACUUGGAAAGGGGCAAGCUGUUUUACACCUUCUGCGGGACGAUCGAGUACUGCGCCCCUGAGGUUCUCAUGGGAAACCCCUAUAGAGGGCCGGAGCUGGAGAUGUGGUCUCUGGGGGUCACGCUGUACACACUGAUCUUCGAGGAGAAUCCCUUCUGUGAAGUGGAGGAGACCAUGGAAGCAGCCAUACACCCCCCACGCCCUGUGUCCCAGGCACUCAUGAGUCUCGUGUCGGGGCUGCUGCAGCCUGCCCCUGAGCAGCGUACCACUCUGGAGAAGCUGGUGACAGACCCAUGGGUGACACAGCCUGUGGCGCUGGCUGCCUAUACCUGGGAAGAGGUGUGUCGACUGAGCCAGCCAGAGAGCAGCCUCCUGACCACUGCAAGUUUGGAGCGGGGCAGCAGGAUGAGUGAAGCACCUCGGGCUCGGGGGCUCUGCAGCCUUCCUGCCCCCGGGGAGGCCCCAGUGGCCAGUGCUGCUUGUGUCCUGAGGCCCCCUCCCGCCAGUUGGCUGAACACACACUUCCUGCUGCUUUUCUUCACUCAGUUUGGAGAAUCGUUCGGAUUUCAGGUCCCAUCUACUUAAAGAAAGUGAAUUCUCAAGAAUUGGGCCCAAUUUACCUUCUGAAAACUCAUGUGCAGCUUUGACCAGGGCCACACAGAAGCUGGUGCGCCUGUUCCUAGGGUUAUGAAGUAGACUUGGAUUCGUAUUCAAUUACUUUAUUAAAGGCCUUUUAGUUUGUGAGCUUAUAAAAGGAAGAGUGUUUUAAUUAUUUUGUGUGUUUGUGUGUAUAAAUAUAUAUAUUUUUUGUUCUGA